UGACAGAAUCAUAUAAGAAAACUGCCUCAGCGUAUUAGGCGUCAGCCACUGCUGAGUGAAGAAAGUGGGGCAAUUCGUAGACUCUUUUUUUGGCUUGUUGAGAGAAAGGGAGCUUGAAUUUGAUGGAGGAUUUCAGAUCGAAAUCAUGUGGAGAUGGAAGAAUGCAGAUGGAAAGCUACCAUGGGGGAGGGGGAGGACCCACUUCCACUGGUAUGCAAGAUCUCAGGUGUUACAGUGCUUCAUAUGCUUAUCCACCCCAAACCCAGAUGGGCAAUGACCCCAAGUUCAAGAAGGGCAAGUCCACUAAUGGGUCUCUCUCCAAGGCUUGGAGUUUCAGCGAUCCUGAGUUGCAGAGGAAGAAAAGGGUUGCCAGCUAUAAGGUCUAUGCUGUUGAGGGCAAGAUGAAGGGCUCUCUGAAGAAGAGCUUCAGGUGGCUCAAGGAUAGGUACACCAGAGUGAUCCAUGGGUGGUGAUCGUUUCUGCAGUACUUGGGCUCUGGUUGCUUGGAUUGAAUUGGAAUUGGAAAUGGAAAUGGAGGCCUCAAUUCCGAAUCCAAAGUUUUGGUUGCUACGUACAGAAUUUAAUUCUUCCAGUCAGGUACAAGACAUGGGUUUACUCAUUCAAAGUUUGGGACUCAAGCAACCGAUUUGCUCAGAAUAUAGGGUAUUCCAAAGUAUAUUGAUUUUGGAUUGCAGCAGUUGUGCACUCUUCGCUUCCUAAAUUGGGUUUUCAAAGAAACUGUGAUUAGUGGUUUUUUGAAUUGGAAAAAUGUCUCAAAUCCCAAUAUGGUCCAGCAUCAGGUUUUAAGCUUAUGGUGUAGCAUAUUUUGCUCAUGAAUGAUAUGUAAAAUUUGGUUUGAUGAAGAGAUUUUUGUCUGCCAACUUAUUUGUUAAUUCUAGCUUUGUAUCUUGAGAUUGUUCUGCU